AAAAUUAAAUUUUCCCCCAAAAAAACAGGAUGUCACAAACUCAAUUUCGAAACCCUAAUUAAAACCCUAAAUUAAUUUUCCUUUCUAAUAUUAAUUAUACAAUCAAAAUUCAAAUCUUUUUCAUGGCACGUGUAGCGAUAGAUACAGCAGCAGCAGUAGGAGGAGGGUCGUCAUCACUUGCUCCAGGAUUCAGGUUUCAUCCGACAGAUGAAGAACUUGUUAGAUAUUAUUUAAGGCGUAAGGUUUGCGGUAGACCUUUUCGUGUUGAUGCGAUUUCUGAUAUUGAUGUUUAUAAAGUCGAGCCUUGGGAUCUUCCAGGUCUGUCGAGGUUGAAGACUAGAGAUCUGGAAUGGUAUUUCUUCAGCAUGCUUGAUAAGAAGUAUGGGAAUGGAUGCCGGACUAACCGUGCUACAGAGAAGGGGUACUGGAAGACCACCGGAAAGGACCGAACUGUUUACCAUAGAACUCAAACGGUUGGGAUGAAGAAAACGUUGGUCUAUCAUAUUGGACGGGCCCCAAAAGGUGAAAGGACUAACUGGGUUAUGCAUGAAUAUCGGCUUGUUGAUCAGGAACUUGAAAAAGCUGGUAUUUUACAGGAUGGGUUUGUUCUGUGUAGGAUCUUUCACAAAAGUGGUUCUGGACCUAAGAAUGGUGAAAAAUACGGGGCACCAUUCAUUGAGGAAGAAUGGGAAGAUGACGAGACAAUAUUCAUCCCCAAACAAGAAGGCUGCAUUGCAGAAUUACCUGCUGAUAUGGAUUCCUAUCUGGAUGCUGAUGAAAUCGCACAGAUAUUAAACUCAGACUUGCCAAAGAAAGAUGUUCCUCUCCCAUCAAGCUUCCAUCAGGGUGAUAAUGUGGACUAUGCUGAUGUAUCCCCAGAUGCGACUAAUGACUCUCAAAACUCCUUUGUGGAUGUGGUGGGUGAAUAUGAACCUCAGGUUAACCAAUAUGAUGGUUCUAAGUCGUUUGAUCUCCCUGUGCAGACUGGGUUGGAACCCAAGUCUGUCAACUAUGGAUUUACUUCAGAACCAAGCAAUAACUUGAAUUUUGACCCAAAUUUUUUGCUUGAUGAACCAUACUAUGACGCUACCAAUGGCGACUUUCCACUUGAUGAAAACUUAUUUUUUGAAGCUGAUGAUCUUAAGGGUGAUGUGGAGACAGAUUCUGGCCUUGAUAUACUCAAUGAAUAUACCUCUCUAUUCAAUCCAGAUAUUGACAGCUUCAACUAUGCUCUUGGAAACAACAUUCUCCCCGACUCAUCCCAAACUCUUGAGAAUAUGAAUAAUGGAAACCAGCAAGUGAGUGAAGCAAGGCUGCCCUUUGAAGGACAAAAGCUUGAUGUUGCCCCCUCUUCAAAGCAAGGGAAUCCAGAUCAAGGAACAGGUAUUGCAUAUCCGUUUCUCAAAAAGGCAAGUUACAUGCUUGGGAACAUUUCUGCUCCACCUGCAUUUGCAUCAGAGUUUCCUACGAAAUAUUUGGAUUCUGCUUCUCAAGCUUCCAAUCUGGUCAACGUUCCUUCUGGUAUGAUUCGUAUCAGCAAUGUCUCCUUCAAUGGCGGUGCAGUCGACUUAACGUUAGGCAAGCACACUCAACUCAACAUUGUUCUUUCAUUUGGCUUGGGACAAAGGAAGGUUCAUUCUGUCAAUUCAUAUCAAGUUGAGAAGGCCAGUUCUGGUUCGUCUCGAAGCUGGUUUUACUGUGCGUUUGUGUGGAUUCUGGUACUUAGUUUGAGCUUCAAGAUUGGGAGUCUGUUAUGCACAAGGUCGUUCAUGACCUGAAUUGACCAUAGUUUGAGCUUCAUUUUCAUAGUAUUUUAGCAGGUCCUAAGUAGAGAAUAAUUGUGGCAGUCGAAAUAUAUUUUGGAAGUAUGUUGCAACUGCAGUUAUUUGACUUGAGACAUUUUGUUGAGAACAUGGUGUUAUGCAUAUAUAUAUAUGAACGAACAAAAGUAAAUUUGCACUUA